AUGUCUUCAUCUUCCGAUGACGACCUGUUCUUAGCGGAGUAUUUGAGUGAAUUGGCUAAGACGCGAACGAUGCAGCUCGUUUAUGCAUCUGCGUUCACGAUUAUGCUCUUCGAGUACCUCAUUACCUUCGAUCGGGAGCUGCGCUACGCCUGGUUCUCCCGACUCACGUGGGCGAAGACUAUGUUUUUCCUCAACCGUUACAUCAGCUUGCUGGCGUACGGUGCAUCUCUCUACACGCUCUCUUCACCGUCAUUCCUUAGGUUCGCAUAUGCUGUGUUCUCCGGGCUGCGCCUAUUCGCCAUUGGUCAAGGACGCAAGUGGGUCACCUAUGGUGUUGCUGUUCUUUCCCUUGUGCCCGCUGGAACAAAUAUUGCACUCGCUGCAUGUUCGAAGUAUUUCAUCGUGGUUGAUCCAGACAGCGGCAACACAGGAUGCGACUACCUCUAUGCCUUCUCUUCGGACAAAACAUUUUCGGGAGCCAUGUUGCUCGUGAACAGCCUCCAGAUAUACACUGAUCUCAGCUUCAACGAGACCGCGUCCAUCGCGUGCAUCUACCUGAACGUCGCCGUGCCAAUCCUCAUCUCGCGGUUCUACCUCGACUUGGGUGACUUUGCUCGUGAUAAUCAAGAGAAAGCGGCCAAAGAAAGAUUUGAGGAAGAAGAACCGCAGAACUCAAACUAA